CACAACCCCCACGAUCCAAAGCUCAAAGCCAUUCCCGUCUUCAAGUCCCGCCGCUCCUCGCUACUAGGCUCUGUUCUGAAAUCCAAACCCAAACCCAACCCCAAGCCCGACGCAUGCAAGCUCCCCCCACGCCCAUCCUCAUCCACAACCGUGCCACCCCACCUGCAAGAUCCCAGCGCACAAUCCCACCAUCAACACACAUGCUCCUUGCCCACAACCAUCUCUCCAGUCACGCUCCACAACCAAUCGCCUUCCAACCUAGCCGCAUCUCAGCACCACCACUACCACCCGCCCUCCUCCCUCCCGGACCGUGCCCAAGCGAGCCCCUCUGUUGCCCAGACCGCCCGCUCAUCUCCCUCGGCGUCAUCAUCCUGCCACAUCGACCAGCCCGACAAUCCUGCCUCUCCCUCUUCAUCCACAUACGCCAACCACCUCAACUCAGACUCGCUUCCUUCUGCGCAGCCUUGCCCUCCCUUGGUGGACGCUUCCUGCGGGUCUAUGCCUCUGGCUCGUUCCUCUGUCCAUGUCGACUCACUACGUUCUCUUGGCAUCUCGAAUCCAGAUCAGCCCAACCCUCUCUCUGCUACUCCUGCAGCGCAUCAAGCCCUCGCUGACACAUCGUCGCAGCAACGCACUGCUAUGGCACAAACGCUCCCCAGCGCCACCGAUUCAUCCUUGUCUAGCCUCGAUGCCUCGCAAUGCUUGCUUCCAAUCAUCACUCACACCCUCGCAUCCGCCGCUCGCACCGAUUCCAGCUCUCAGCCAGACGCUUCCUCCUCCGAACACACUGCAGACUCGAUUCUCUUGGAUGCGUCCUCACCUUUGCUCUCCAGACGAGAACCUUUGGCAACCUCGCCCGAUGCUAGCCUCGCCGAACAAAGAUUCAGUCCGUCCACACUCCCCUUUUCUGGCUCCACCUCGCCGUUUGUCACCUCCCCUCAGCGCUUUUCCAGCCUCGGUCGCAGCCAUGCUUCCCGUCCGCCGACCGACAUUGAGCUGCCCACCUCCUCGGCCCUCGCUCGUCCUCGCGCCCGCGACAUCAACGACGAACUUGAAUCAUUCCCCUCGCCUGACAGCCUCAGUUCCCGAACAGAGCGUCGGAUGAGCAUGCUCGACUUUCUCGCUGCUGAUCCAAACCUCGAUCCGACACCGCAACUCGCUCAAGCAAGUCUCUCUGCUGAGCAUCUCCCGCGUUCAGUACAACAAAUCUCUCAUCCUCGCGGCCAAACGUAUGCCAACGUGCCUCCAUCCAUGCCCCUCGUGCAAGCCAGCCGUCAAUCCCGGCUUGAAACCGCCCCUUUUCGCUCCAACACGCUGCAACCUAAAAAGAUUGACCUUUGCAACCAUGUGCGCGUCACCGUCGAACCGCUCGUCGACAGCCUCACCAUGUUUGGCUCCAUGCAGUCCAGCUCCAACUACUCGCUUGCAGGCGCUGUGGUCGUCGAGGUUCCAAAGCUCGUCGUGCCACGCCUCUCUUCCGUUGCUGCGGUAACUCGUGACGCGUCCAUCUCGGAUCAACUCUCUGUGCACGUCGACGCUCUCACCAUUCGUUUCACCGGAUACUCUGUCUACGUUGAUACCACAGGUAGGUUCAACGCUAUCAAGCUCACCGAAUCGUCGCAGCAGCUCCUCCAGCCCCAAGGCUGUUCGUGCGCCGUUCAAGUGCUCGAGACGGCCGACCGAUCAACAUCUCCAGAAAAUGCAGCUUCAACUCCCGCUGGCGUCAUUGCAGGUCAAGGGGUCCUCAGAUAUGAAACCGAGUUCGACCUCUCCAUUCCCGGCUGGCUGCCCGCAUCUCAGCGAUCACGUUUCGGUGCCACUUUUUAUUGCGUUCAGGCAACUGCCAUCGUUGAGGGACAUGCCAUCCUUUCAGCUGUCUCGGCCUUUGACGAUUUCGCCAGCAACGAUCCGCACUCGAUCGCGAACCUUGCCAGAUCGCUCGAGUCCGAACUUUGCGAUUCUGGCGACACCAAACCCGUUGUCGCUCGAAAGGAAGUGACCCCUUUGCAUCAUUCCACCAACGGCCGCGCCAAGAUCAAAAGCACAUGGCUCAACAAGACCGCCAAACAGCUGCAGCUUCGCACUACGAAAAAGUCAAGUGGCCCUGAAGCAGAGGCAAGCGGUUCCGUUCCCAACAGUCGUCGCGGAUCCGGCUUCAAGGACAUGCUUCAGAUUCCGGAUGGCGACGAUUCGCCUUUCACAAAGGUGACCGAGGCUUGCAACAAGCUCUUGCUCGAUGGGAGGCAUUCGGUCCAGAGCGAAUGUCUCAACAUCUUGGUGAGACGCUGCAGAGAUAUCGUUCCUGUUCCCGUUGCAAGGCUUGCUAGACUCGCCACGGCCAGUCAAAUGCUGCGCGAUCCCGGCACUGCUCCUUCCCUCUCUCAAAGCAUGAUCGCUCUUGCCAGACUGCAAGAUGACUCUGACCUCAACGCUCGCUCGCAGCACACAUCGCCAGCUGCUUGCGCCGGUCACGACCGGCCACACAUGUCGGCCUCCGCAUCAACGCCAAUUUUGUCAGGAGCCGCCGCUUCUGUGACCGUGUUGGACGCUUCUCUAGACCGCGCAAUGCCGAACGCAACCGUUUCCAACACAAGUGAGCUUGCCCCAGAUGCUGAUGUCUGCGUUCGAGCCCCGGCAGCGCUUGCUCCCUCGCCCAGCAUCGACACACAUCCGAGCACCCUGGCAAUGGAUGCAGCGGCUCGACGUGUAGAGCGCACAGCGAGUGAGGCUUUGCAGACCGAGUCAAGCGGUAUCAUGCCGCACGCUCCGAGCGCCUUUGAUGUUUGUCAAGAUCCCGCCAAGGUGGCCGCAGCGUCAUCUGCCCUGACUGCAUCGGCAACGCUGCCCAACUUGCCCCAUUCAAUCAGUCGCGUUUCGUCGCUGUUUGACUCUCGCUUUGGAAACGCCAACUCGCCACCCCGCACAUCGUCGCGCGCCGUGCCCAGUAAUCGGUCGUGUGCGCCGCUGCGACACUUUGUACAUCGUCCAACUCUGCACCUGCCUUCCCAGCUUGGAAUCACGCCCGACAAGGAUGCCAACGGCGGUCUCAACUUUUCCUUGACGCUCUCGCUGCCUUCGCAUGUUCAUGUCACGGGACCAAAGAGCGACGUGCUCAGCUUUGGUGUUCAGAUCGAAGUGGGUCGCACUCGAGGCUGGGAUGCGUUGAAAAAGUGGGGCGGUCUGCGCCUCAAGGACAUGGAGCUCGUUUGUCUGCAGACCGAGAGGCACAGUUCUAUGCCCUCGCGCUCCUUCUGUGCUACGUUCCCCGUUCCACCGCUGUCCAACACGGUCGACGCCGCUGAUCUGCCCGUUGUGACGUAUGCACCAAAGAUGCGAUCCUCUGCAAGCAAUUCGAAUGAUGCGCAGCUGGCGGCGGAGAAGCGUCUCCGUCACAGCUACGAUCGAUCGCUUGUUCUGGGCCACAUCGCGUUAGCCAAUCAAGGCAAAGCCCCGCAUCCGGUCGAGAACAAUGUUGAGCGUAUCCGUACCACAAUUGUUGGGCCACCUCCGUUUGUGCUUCGGGCUCGUAGACACGACGCUUCGGCCGAGGCAAGCGGCGCCACACGCAAGGGAAAGAGUCGAGCGGGUGACAUUGCGACGGAGCGGCGGAGCGGGUUUUCUCGAAGCCCUUCACGAAGUAGUCCAGCAGCGUCUGGUGCCAACACGCCUGAUUGCACUUCGCAGAGCGCAGGAGUGGGCAGUCUCAGAGCCGCUUUUGCACCUGCUGCUCAAGUCAACACCGGCUCACGAGCGAGUGUGAUGCAGCCUUUGCCGCGUACACUGGCUCGAUCCACCCAUUUCAGUAGCUCAUCGUUGCGCCAGGCUUUUCAAGGCAACAACGGGUCUGGAACGAUGCAGAACCAUGUUGGCGCUUCCGGCGUGGCAGUAGCAGGUGGCUCGUCGCCUAACGCCCCCGUCGGACGAAGCAGACGUCCCAUUCCAUUUGACCGUGGUGCGGCAAUCACCUCUGAGACGACAAGCCGCAGUAUGCCCCUGCAGGGGCUGUCACCAAAUGCGGCUCUGGAUGCCGAAGCCUCCAACUCGUCGGGCAGUGCACAUAAUCUCCGGGGUCCAGUGCACACCGAUUCAAGUGAUCGGAUGGGUUUGAAUGCGUCGGAAUCCGAUAGCCAGUCAAGAGUUGGGCUAGAGUCACGCGUCACGGAUACGGGUGUCGAUUCGAUGGCCAACACCGCAUCAGACUCUCGGCCGACGCGAGGACCGAGAAGAAGCCGAUUCGAGACGGCCAUGAACCGGCUCUCGACGUUUGCGAGCUCGAUGCUGGAGCAGCCGAAUGAGGCGUCAGCUGGCGGAGCGGGCGGGGAUGCGCGAGGCAGUACUAGCGCAACUGUUACGCCACGAGGCACGUUAUCAGCCGGAGCCGGAGCUGCAGCUGCUAGCCUGCGUGCUACAUACGCGUUCUCUGGCGACGACGCCGAAGGCGUGGAUCUGACCAAAGGUCGCGUCCGAAUGACGAUCAAUCUGCCUCUUGUUUCUAGCGACCUGGACGUAGCGCGCAGAGUAGGUAGUGCACAGUUGAUUCCAGACUUUGAAAGCGCUUAUGUGCGCGUUCGACACAAACUCAAGGUGAAACUUGGAUUCGGACUCAAGUCAAACGUUGCAUCGGGCCAGGACGGCGAAGAUUGGGCGCAGGCGCUGGUGAUGUGCGUGCCGGUGCGCUUCACAGAAGCGCCGCCCAAGGAGGUGCAAGAUCAAUUUGGACCAGUCCCGGUAGCAACAGCAUGCACGCAGGCAGGAGGCAUGUAUGCAGACGUGAACAGAACAACACGCGCCACAGAGUCAACGUCGGAGGCUGUCACAGGUGAGCAUGUGGCGGAAGCGAGCUGUGAUGCAACGUUGCCAGUGCGGUUCGCAGAACCGUUGCUGCCUGCAUAUGCACAGUUGUUCCGCGACGACGGCUCGCGCCUUGCAGAUGAGGGCGAGGAUCUUCCGCGGUAUCCAGGAAGGAUGUCGGUGAUUGGCGAGAUUGACGAAGAUGGCGGUUCUGGAGCAGGUGCACGGAAUGCGGAGCAAGCUGAGCUGAUUGGCAACUCGAUCGAUACCUGCGCAUUUGCGCCGGCACAAGACGUGGAGGACGAGGCCGAGGCAGCAGUUGGCAGCGCAAUAGAGGGUUCGGCAAGCUUGUGGAGAGGCAAUGUGGAGCAUGGCGCGCGAGGCCGAGCAACGAUGAUGUUACCGAGAAGCUCGAGUCUUGGACACAUGUCGAUGCGCAUGGACCGGGCCACGAGCGUUGCUAACGAUGGGCGCGUGCCAACGCAAGCGUCGUCAUCUGGUGUAUUUGGGCAUGCGUCUACACGUUUCCAGCCAUCAUUGCUGGCGACGAGUCGGAGCGUCACGUCCUCGGCGUUUGCGGAACGAAGCAGCAGUAUGGCAGCCACCAAGUCGCGCGUGGGAUCAUCAGCGUUUGAUCCGCUGCCACCUGAACGUGGCAUGCGACGACGGUCUGCGACGACGACGUCGAUGAUCACGUCGAGCCGCAUCAUGCCCGCCGAGGUGCUCGACGAAGCGCUCGUGACCAGCGCUCUGGACGACGAAGAAGAUCGCAUCGACGCAUUGCAGCCUUCGUUAACACUCGAUAGCCUGCACGCACGCGAUGUGCAGCAGACCAUGCAUGCGAUCGGUCAAGAUGAAGACGACGAAGACGACGAAGAUGACGAAGACGACGAAGACGACGUCGAGGUCGGACAAGUGCAGUUUGGAGUAACUGACAACCAAGAUGACGAUGACGAUGGCGUCGACAGCGAAGCAGAACACGCUGCAAUCAGCAUGCACAUCCAUUCAGACAGACAACUCAGCGCAAGCGAAGAUGGCCAAGAUGGCGAAGCUGAUCAAGCCAACGCUGAGGUCGGUAUGGCAUUCUAA